AUGCUGUCCCUCAUUCCCUUCGUCCUUACGGCGCUCCUCAGCGUCGUCCCAAUCCUCACUGGCGCACAAAAGCCAAUCGGCACCUCCUACUCGGGACAGAACCUCCUGGCCUCCUCACAUCCAUUCGCCAUUACAGCUCGAGACUCCAAUGUAGUCCUCUUCGCUCCCAUUCCCAAGUCCACCGCCUCCUCACUCCUCCCAAAGGGCGUCUCUCUCCUCCCCACCCACCCCAUCUCCGGCUUCAAGGACGAUGAAUGGCCACUCCUCCUCAAUCUCGGCCUGGAUAAAGACCUGAACGAGUACUCACUCAGUCGCGUCGACUUUCAUCAUGGAUACAUCGGCAUCCCCUGGACCGACAAGAGCAAAGACGGCAAGACGCCGUUCACUUCUUCUUUCGAUGUGCUCUUCAGUGACAAUCUCUUCAUCGCUGCCUCAAGUCAGUUGCUCGCCGGUUUCAACUCCAUUCCGAUGACCUUCGCCCCAGAGACAGAUCCCUUUGUGAAUGGUUCGGGGACGUACAAGGCGGUCAAGGAUCAGCACACCUACUUCGAUCUGAGCUACGCAAAGGCGGGCGACGAGGGUGCGAGAAUCUCCAGGAGCACUUACGUCGACGUCCUGACACAAGGGCGCUUCCAAAACUCGGGCUGUCUCUACCACGAGCAAUACUUCAACUUUACCAACACUGACCCGUACGAUAUCCUUGCCGAUGUCAGGAUCACCGACUCGUGGGUGCCCUCAGCGAUCGCGGGGACGUACAAGCAGGCGAGGGGAUUGAGGCUCAACCAGCAUUGGAUUGAGACUAUCUCGCAACCGUGCAAGGGAAGGGGUGUUGCACAUGGGGAGCUUUGA